GCAUUUCCAAUCGACCCAACAUGGCUGCUCAGGUGCGCGGGUUGCUGAUCAAGGUAGAGACCGGGGGGAAACGGGCAAAGGAAGUGAUGGCAGGCGUGGACGUGGAUAGCGAUGGCUCCGGUGUCUUUGCUGAGGUUACCCGCCGCGAGUCGCUGGGGCCCAACACGGGCGUGCUGAUCUACGACGGCGUGGCGAGUGUGGUGGAAGGUCGUGCCGCGGUGGAACAAGCUGGUGCCGAGGCGUAUCUAAUGCCGGGCAUGCUGGGGGCGGACAAGGUCGUGCUGCGGCAGACCACGUCGUGGAACCGCAUGCUCCCAGCCAACUCGUGGCUCUUUGUCCUUGCAGGUACCUACUGCCGCGAGGCAGUCGAAGGUGAGCCACUGCCGGCGGCAUGCGUGCCGAUCGAAACUUCGGUUACUGCCGCAGGCAACUCGCAGGCAGUUGCUUCGGUCGGGCAGGCGGCGAGUCGGGCGAUGGUGAUCGACUGGGUCAAUGCUGGAUCGCUCGACGAGACAAUGGCGGUAGUGGUCCCGAUGGACCGGGGCCGUGAUGACUACGUCGACAGCGAUAUCCUGCAGCUCCCGCCGCUGUUUCACAUGGAAGUCGGUCGGCUGUUUGAGCGGAUGCUUGCUCGGGUGAGAGCAGGAAGCUGGUCCGGGUCCGGGGCUUCGGUGCCUGCGCGAGCCUUUGUGUGCGAUGAGGAGAUGGAAGCGGUGACUGUCGAAAGGUGGCGGGCUGAGAACGGCGACCGGAUCGAGAUUUGGCGGAUGAUGUGCGGUGAGGGCUGGGCGCUGAUGCAGGCUGGCGACGAUGCGCUGGCGUCCAUGUGCGUGGGUGCUCAUCCAGACGUAACGACGAGGGCAUGGCGAUUCCUCAACUCGGACGGCUCGGGCGAGCUGCACAUCCAGGAGGCGCCGUUUGGGUCUGCGGUCGAGGCGGCGGAGGGCAUCGUGGCGUCGGCCAUUUCGCACAUCUACAACCAGGAGCACUAGCGAAGCGUAAAGAAGAAGGUGUUUACGCG